AUGGACGUCGCCCGUACGUCCAUGAUGCAUGCGGCUGCCCCCCAUUUUCUGUGGCCGUUUGCGGUCCGGUACGCGGCGCAUCAGAUCAACCUUCACCCCAGGGUCUCCAUGCCGGAGACCUCCCCAGCUUUGCUGUGGACGGGGAAGGUAGGCGAUGCAUCUGCGUUCCGUGUCUGGGGAUCUCGGGCGUUUGUCCGCGACUUGUCUGCGGACAAGCUGUCCCCUCGUGCUGCUCCUUGCGUCUUCCUUGGCUUCCCCCCUGACGCGCCAGGGUGGCAGUUCUACCACCCCACCUCUCGUCGUGUUCUGUCCUCCCAGGACGUCACGUUUGACGAGUCGGUCCCCUACUACCGCCUCUUCCCCUACCGCACUCCUUCCCUCCCCCCGCCACCGCUCUUCCUUGUGCCAGGCCCCCCCCCGGUAGACCCCCUCCCCCCUCAGGGUCCUGCCCCUUCAAGUGUGUCCCAGGUAGACGCAGUCGAGCGUGUCGAGGUUACUGGUGACUCUGGUGCUGCUGCGGGUGCUGAGCCUGGGGGUGCUGACUCUGGGGGUGCUGAGCGUGUGGGUACUACGCCUGGGGGUGCUGGGCCUUCGGGUGGUACUACUGGGGGUGCUGAGCUUGGGGGUGCUGAGACUGGGGGUGCUGAGCCUAGGGGUGCUACGCCUGGGGGUGGUGAGCCUGGGGGUGCUGAGCCUGGGGGUGCCACGUCUGGAGCUGCUGAGCCUGGGGGUGCGGAGCCGGCGGCCGCUGGGCCUGCUCGUGUGGCGUCUGGCGGUGCUGGGCCUGGAGGUCCUCCGGGUGCUUCGUCUCGGCGGGAGCCACUCUCUUCACACGAGCUGUGCGAGUGGUUUGCCCGGCUCUGGAGGCCUUCUGCUGGAGCUGGAGCUUCUUCGGCUGCUGAGGGUGCUGGUGCUGCCGGUCCCGGAGGUGCUCGUACUGGGAGUGCUGGAGCUGCUGGGCCUGCGGGUACGACUGGAGCUGGAGCUGCUGAGGGUGUUGGCGCUGAGGCUACUGCUGUCAGUCCUGGCGGCGGUCCUGCUGCGGGUGCUGCUGGUGCUGCUGGAGGUACAGUAGCUGGAGGUGCUCUUGGCACUGGUGCUGGCGCUAGGGGUGCUGGUGCUGUCCCUGCUCUACAGUUACUGCCGGCCUCCCCACUCCCUGCUCCGUCUCCCUACACUGGUCCUACUGGAGGUCUUGCUGAGCGUCGUGAGCCUGCGUCUCGCCCUGCGUUGCCUGUCCGUGCUGCUCGCACUAGUGGUCGCGGUUCGCGUCAGCGUCCUCCUCCUGUCCCUGGCACGCACCGGAUGUCUCUGCGUCCGUCCACUGCUCCUCUGCGUAUCCCUUUGCCUUCUCCUCCUGCGUCCUCUCUUCUUGCCCUUGCCGACCCUGAGUCGGACUCUCUUUGUGCUGCCAAUCCUACUGUCACGCGUCUCCUUGCUACUGUCGUCACAAACCCCUCCUUUGAGUCCACUUCUGCGUCUGCUCUAGUUGCUGAGCUUGUCGACUUUGCUGCUCGCUGUCGUCUAGACUACGCUGCUAGUCUUGUUGCUGAGUCUGCAUCUGUCUGUCCUCCGUCCGUCGGGGGUGAGUGUGCCCUUGGCACGGACGUCCUUGAGGACAGGCAGGACGAGUUCCAGUGUCUGGCUGCUUCUUCACCUCAUCUCGUGUCCGUACUGCUUACCCCUGAGGGAGACCCGGAUGCACUUGACAUCCCGACUCCGCGCUCUUACGCGGAGGCCGUAGAGGGUCCCUACUCCUCUCAGUGGCAGGCAGCUAUGGAUGCAGAGAUGGCUUCCUGGAAGUCCAUAGGCACCUACGUUGACGCGGUUCCCCCACCUAGGGCGAACAUCGUCAGUGGCAUGUGGAUCUUAAUGGUGAAGCGGCCGCCAGGUUCUCCACCUGUCUUCAAGGCGCGGUACGUGGCUCGUGGCUUCAGUCAGCGGCAGGGAGUUGACUACUUUCAGACCUUCUCUCCCACCCCAAAGAUGACCACUCUUCGGGUGCUGCUACACAUAGCCGCUCAGCGCGACUACGAGCUUCACUCUCUUCACUUUAGCACUGCUUCCUUGCAGGGCAGCCUGCACGAGGAGAUCUGGCUGCGCCGCCCACCUGGCUUUACUGGGACUUUCCCUCCUGGCACCCAGUGGAGCCUCCGGCGGCCAGUCUACGGUCUCCGCCAGGCACCACGUGAGUGGCACGACACAUUGAGGACUACGCUUGCGGCUCUUGGGUUUGCUCCCUCUAUUGCCGACCCGUCGCUGUUUCUGCGCACCGACACCUCUUUGCCGCCGUUCUACAUCCUCGUGUACGUCGACGACUUGGUCUUUGCCACUGCUGACACUGCUGGACUCGCCCACGUGAAGUCCGAGCUGCAGAAGAGACACACGUGCACAGACCUGGGUGAACAGCGCAGCUACCUUGGCUUGCAAAUCACCCGGGACAGAGCACGCCGCACCAUUACCCUGACUCAGUCACACAUGGUGCAGCAGGUCCUUCAGCGCUUCGGCUUCACGUACUCCUCGCCUCAGGCCACUCCUCUGCCUACUCGCCACUCGCUCUCAGCUCUGCCUUAA